AGCUACCCAAGCGGUUGAGUGGACGGGCAGCCGAGGCCAUGGCGGACAGCUACGGCUCUGACAGCGAGCCCACUACGCGCACCCUGCUGCGCCACGUGCUGGAUACAGCGGACCCACGCACCCCGCGGCGACGCCGGAGUGCUCGGGCUCGUGCCCAUGGAGCUCCACCUGAAACACCCUCCUUCAGGAGGUGGAGCAGCCAAACAAAGAUGACUGCCAGGCAGAGUUCCCGGAGAACCAGGUCUACUGGCAGAUUGACACGUACUCAAGCCAGUGAGCACCUGGAGGAGCAGACACCACGAACUCUCCUGAAGAACAUCCUGCUGACAGCCCCAGAAUCUUCCAUUGUGAUACCAGAACCAAAGGUGAAGCCAGUUCCAGCACCACAGAUUGUUCAGCCCUCAAGACUAGAAAGUAGUCGGGACAGCCUGGAACUGCAACUUCCUGAGCUUGAGCCCACCACAGUCCUAGCUCCAGGUCUGCUAGCUCCUGGCAGGAAGAAGCAGAGACUGAGAUUAUCAGUGUUUCAACAGGGAAUGGACCAGGAAAUGCCUCUCUCCCAAGAGCCUCGUGGGAAUGCAAAUGCCUCCUCCCUCACCAGCUCCCUCAACCUGACCUUUGCCAUACCUCUCCAGCCGCAGUCAGUACAGAGGCCUGGUUUGGCCCGCAGACCUCUCACCCGUCGAGCUGUAGAUGUGGGUGCAUUUUUGCAGGAUCUGAGAGAUACUUCCUUCGCCUUGGCUCCUUCAGGUGACAGCCUCAGAACUCCUGUUGCUGUUGCUGCCCUGCCAACGGACAUGGUAUUGGAGGACACCCAGCCCUUCUCCCAGCCUUUGGUUGGCCUUUCCCCCAGAGUGCCCCACUCCUUGCCGUGCCCCUCUCACAUGGGAGCUAAAGAUGAUGAGAAGCCCGUUAGUCCCGGAACAUCAUGCAGCAGGCCUGGGCUGCAGAACAACACCCAGCUUCUGGCAGGAAAGGCAGAGGAGGCUGAUGCCCUUGCUGUGAACUUCCCAAAUACCAGCAGUAGUGUCUCUGAUGAAGAUGGAGUAGAGCCUUUACAGGAUGGAGUUGGUAAGGAGGCAGAAGAAAGGAUGGGAGAAGGCUUAAGCCUGAGCAAAGUGAAGGAGGCCACAGUAGCACAAGAAUCUCCUGGGGCAGAAGAACAUGAGGGAGACACAGAUAUGACAGAACUGGAGGGAUCCUGGGGGGCUGUUGAGGCCAAAGUGCCAGAAGAAUGCCCAGGGAAGGAGGACACCACUGGCCGGACAGCGAGUCCAGAGUUGGUCUCCGGUAUCAUCCCCGAGUUUCUUCAGACCAGACAAUGUCAGCUUCUUGAGCAAGCCGCACCGCCUAGCCCUGCAGUUUCAUCUUCAGAGCCUCAGAAACCUCUGUCAGCCAAGCUUCCUCCCAGAGCCCGCGUCCCCAGGAUCCGCAAAGAUCCCCACAAGACUGGGUUGAGCCACUAUGCAAAACUCUUUAGCUUCUAUGCUAAGAUGCCCAUGGAGAAGAAGGCUUUUGAGAUGGUGGAGAAAUGUCUGGACAAGUAUUUCGAGCAUCUCUGUGAUGACCUGGAGGUAUUUGCUGCUCAUGCUGGCCGCAAGACUGUGAGGCCAGAGGACCUGGAGCUGCUGAUGAGACGGCAGGGCCUGGUCACCAACCAAGUCUCCCUGCAUGUGCUCGUGGAGCGGCACCUGCCCCUGGAGUACCGGCAGCUCCUCAUCCCUUGCGCCUUCAGUGGCAACGCUGUCUUCCCUGCCCAGUAGUGGCCGGACCUCAGUGCCUGUGCUGUCGCCACUUGGGACCAUUUGGCCCCACAUACCCUUCUGGGUGCCCUCCCCAUCCCCCAGCGUCAAUAAAUGUCACAAACAGAAUAUGCUGAGUUUGGUGUAU